UUUUUGAAUCUAGUGUCUUAAGAUAUUCGAAUCUCUUGUAUUUGAACUAAGCCUAUUUGAACUAAUCGUUUGAAUGUAAAUUGAAGUUAGCGAGACCUAAGUAUCAGAAGCCCUAGAAACAGUAUAACUUCUAUAAGAUGUACUCAUGUUGAUCUAGAUUAUUCUUAUCAGUAUCAUCAGUUCCAAAUAUUGUUGUCAAAACUGGAAGCAGUUUGAAUGUAACGGCAGAUAGAAUUCACCAGGCUAAGCAACAAACACUAUAAUUCUUCAAUGGACACUUUACCAAGUUCUGACAGUUUGUACCUGAGACGCCCAGUGGAUCAGGGGUUUUCCUGGGUCAUAUGCUUCGCCAGUUUUGUUUGCUAUUUUAUAAGCGGUGUGUGUAAUCAGACGAUGUCAGUUCUCUUUCUAGACCUGGCGCGAGAGUUCAAAACGUCCUUCACCUUAACAUCCCUAGGCAUUGUGUUCCAAGUCAUUUUUGUUAGCCUGUCAUCCAUAAUCUCAGUGAACCUUUGGGUGCCUCGAUUUGGGGAGCGUCGCAUCACCAUAGUAGCCGGACUGCUAUUAACCUUGAGUACCAUCGGCUGCUCUCUGGCACCAGAUAUUUUCACGUUUAUAACGUGUUGCGCUUUGCAAGGCCUGUCUCUUGGGGCGUUCUCAGUCCCUGUUAUUGGUAUCCUUGGAUUUUACUUCGACAAGCGGCUUGCUUUGGCCAUCAGCCUGGGCACAAGCGGGAGGUGCGUGGCGAGCAUCGUGGCUCCCCAUCUGAUCCGCGCCCUGAAUGAGGAGUACGGUGUGAGAGGGACGUACCUCGUGCUGGCUGGACUUCACCUGCACGUGGUGGCCGUUGGACUGAUGUUGAGGCCGAGCUGGUCACAAAGGAGCACACAGUUUUUGGAGAUCAAACUAGACCCAUCAGGAAGUGAUGCCAUCGCAACUGGAAGUAACCAGAUCAUUGAAGAAAAGAUAGAACGUCUUUCAACAAAAGAGAUUAACAGAAGGCGUUUCGAGAGUCUACUUUUAGAAGCAAAAAGACCGAAGAUGGUCACUAUCUCAGACCCUUCGCUGUACAAAAAGACUUCCAAAUCUUCAGAGGGUGGGUCGUCGUUGGAAAUGUACCGUCAGCUGCAGACGACCAAGCGGGGUUUGAUAGACAGCAGCUCCGUGGACCCUGUUUUCUUCAAGCGUAACAACUCUGAGUUCAUGUAUUUACCGAGGCACGCAGACUCGACGCUAAGAUCCACCAAGGUGUCCUCUUACUCCACCUACCCAAGCGGUUUCGAUUCAGUGCGCAGCCGAAGGUUUCAACUUCACAGCGGAAGCAUUAGCAUUGCCAGCACGGUGGAAUCUGCCGCCUCGGCGUUUGGCACCCGAGAGGACACUGAACUGGACAAGUUGAGUGGAUGGAGGAAAAUGUUGCAGUUUGAACUUUUCACACAGUGGACUUUUUGUUUCUUUUUGGUGGUGACCUUGGCAGGGGCCACCAACAGAUACUUGCUUCUGUACAUUCCAACCAUCGCCAUUUUCAAGGGCGCCACCAAAGAAGAAGGUGUGACUAUUCUUACUGUCUGUGGCUCCGUGGACUUGGCCAGUCGUAUUUUCGUUGGUUGCAUUGCGGACAAACAUCUAGUCCGGCCAACGCAGAUAGUGUCAGUAGCACAAACGUUUUUAGGUAUAUUGUGCCAACUUAAUCCGUUCUUCAACGACUUCAACUCCCUGAUAGUCAUGGGCGUACUAGUUGGUCUUUUUGUGGGGACCCGAGAGUCCCUCCUCCCCGUUAUGCUCAUUGAUUUGGUGGGCCUAUCCAAAAUGACCAACUGCAUCAGCGUCAACUCAGUGGUGUCCACUUUCUCCAUAGCUGUUCACAACCCAAUCUUAGGUUACGUCGUACAGAAAACUGGGUCAUUUCGGCUCGUCCUCCACUAUGUGGGCGGGACUCUGUUUGCCAGCGCUGUAGGUUUAUUUGUGAUACCAUUGGUUCAGCGACUGGACAAGAAAAGUGACUCAGGGCAGAUUGAGAGCUCAGAAGUCUUCGUGCCUGGUUCGAAUCCUCCAUUGCCAAGAGACAAUUCUGGUCGACUUAAAAGCUAAACCAUCUUUGUUUCCGUUUGGACUGCACAGUGGGUCGCAAAGAUGCAAACCUGGCUCCUUCAGCAAACCGCAGACAUGAGUUACAUUUUGUUCGUUCAGGAUUUUCGGGAUUGAAAUAGGCCUGUAAUAUUGAAAAUAAAUUCAAUUUUGAAACGGCCUCCUGAGAAAUCACUUUCGGCAUUUCGCUUCAAAGAAACCACUCUGAAAUAAGAGCUCUCAGUGAACCAACUAAUUUGCUAUGGAGAUAGUCUAUUUGUAGCAGUCUCGAUCCACGAUUGCAUAAGUGUCCUAAUUAGUAUAGGCUUCUUAGACGCAUUUUGCUGGUAGAUAGAUCUAGAAACAAAAAAAAAUCUUUUAUAAUUAAUUAUUUUCA